AGAUAUUUUACUACUGUGACGCAUCUUAAAGCAUAAACGAUCUUUUCCGUGACGCAUGUUUCGCGCGAAACUCUGUUUAAGAAGCUAAAAACACGGAACAUCUUUGUCCAAAAGUCAAGUUAGAAAUGAGUAAAAAGGAUAACGGCGCGACACUCAUCCUUGCAUAUCUGAAUGAGAAGAACCGACCGUACAGUGCUCAGGAUGUGUUUUGCAAUUUACAAAAGCAGCAUGGAUUUGGCAAAACGGCAGUGGUCAAAGCCAUGGAGCUGCUGGCUCUAGAGGGCAAGAUGAAGGAGAAAACGUAUGGCAAGCAAAAGAUUUAUUUUGCUGAUCAGUCUCAGUUCAAAGAUGUGAAUGAUACAGACCUGAAGGCGAUGGACUCUCAGAUUUCACAGCUCAGUGCAGACGUGCAGUCCCUCACCCAGAGCUGCAGACAGCUGGACGCAGAGUCGAAGGAGCUCAGCAGCUCCCUGACAACAGAGGAGAUGAAGUCAGAGAUCCAGGAGCUGAAAGUGGAGUGUUCAGGGUACAGAGCGCGUAUGGAGAAGAUAAAGUCGGCCACAAAUCACAUCACACCCGAAGAGAAAGAGAAGGUUUACAAAGACCGUAGUGUUUACGUGAAAGAGUGGAAGAAGAGGAAGAGAUUGGCUUCAGACAUGAUGAAUGCGAUCCUGGAAGGGUACCCUAAGAGCAAAAAGCAGUUUCUGGAGGAAGUUGGAGUCGAGACUGAUGAGGACUGUAAGGUGGUUGUUCCAAGUACUUGAAAGAACAAGAACAUGCUUGUUUAUCAAUGUAAGCUCGUGUAGUGCUCAACCAAGAAUAUAAAUUAUACAUCCGAGCGGUCUGAGCCACAGCACAUUCUUUAUUUAUAGCCUUGCUCUUGAACAAAUAGUGCAACGUUAAUAAAAGCUUAUUUAUACAAACAUUGAUGUCAUUUGACAGAAACCAUACGUCACGUUGUUAGACUGAUGGAUGUUUGUCAUAGUUGGUUUAUGUUUUCCCUUUUUAAUUAAACCCAUAAAACCAAUCCUGAGCCUACGAUGAAAAUGUCAAGGAAUGAGUCAUUAUAGCUUUGAAAGCUGUAAACUCUUUGUUCACCAGUUCAAAUCCACAUUGUAUAAAGCAUGGACGGUUACUCACAACCUUCAGGGAUUAUGGCGGGUUGUUGUGUUUGUGAAUAAUGUUUUGUACCGUUUCUUCCAAGUUAUUAAAUGUUCAUGACGGUAAACCUUUGGACUAACAG